AUGAUGAUUGAGCAAGUGACAUACUAUACGGACCAAUUACAAGAGAUUGUGGAAAGAGUUUGGAUAAAUUAUGAUUGUACCAGUUCAUCAAGGUAUUUGAUAUCCCUAGCUGGUGUUCCUGGAGCAGGAAAGACGACAUUUGCCAAUCAGAUUGCUAUGGAAUUAAGCAAGAAAGUUGCGAAAACAAUUGUCCUUUCACAAGAUGGGUUUCAUUUGUAUAGGUCAGAAUUAGAAGCAAUGCCCAAUGCUCUGGAGGCAAUAAGGAGGAGAGGAGCUCCUUUUACGUUCAAUGCUAAAGCUUUUGUCAAGUUGGUUUCGAUAUUGCAUGACAAAUCUAUUGAGAUUAAUGCGCCAUCUUUUGAUCAUAAGUUAAAGGAUCCUGUGGAAAACGAUAUUAUGAUAGCAAGAGAUGUUUCAAUUGUGAUUAUUGAAGGUAAUUACGUAUCCUUGAAGGACAAAUUUUGGAAUGAUAUCAGUUCAUUAGUAGAUGAUACUUGGUUUAUAAUUGCGUCUGAACAACUUGUCCGAUCUAGAAUUAUAAGGAGACAUUUGCAAGCAGGGAUUGCAAAGAAUGAGCAGGAAGCGAUUGAAAGAACCGACGGAAAUGAUUUACAAAAUGCAAAGUAUAUUUUAGAAAACUCUAAAACUACAAACGUAUUGAUUGUGACGCGAUAA